GCGUCUCGAAGUUGGUUGGUUGCAUUUGUUUUUUAUUCGCGUUCUAUUUUUGUGUGUGACGGUUCCGUUCCGUGCCGUCCGGCGGAAAAGGUUUAUAAUUCCCAGAUUUUAAUGAUUCUCGAUUAGAUUAACGAAUUAAUUGCGAAAUACCUCCCGAUUGCGAUAUAUCUUCAAGAUGCAGAACGGAGACGAUAAUCCAGCGGCGGCGGAUGCACAAAAGGGUGAACAAGAGACAACAGCUGAUGCCAAGCCCGUCCCAGAAGAGAUCACCAAGCAAUCCUUCCGGCUUAAAGUAUGGCGGCACUUGGAGAGCAACGGCCUCGCCAUGUUUCCCCGGCCUGUCUACAACCGCAUACCCAACUUCAAGGGGGCCCCCGAGGCCGCCGCCAAGCUGGCAGAGUUGGACAUCUUCAAGAAUGCCAACACUGUCAAGGUCAAUCCUGAUAAGCCGCAGGAACCCGUCAGAGUCCUGUGCUUGGAACAAAAGAAAACCCUCUACGUGCCGGUUCCCCGCCUACAGACUGGGUUCCUCAACCGCUUAGAGCUGCCGGAAGGCGAGACCGGCCCAGCGGCCUUUAAAAAGGCCGUGUCGCGUAACGGGAUGGAGACUUAUGGCAAGAGUAUCGGCAUUGAAGACUCCGUAUCCCUAGACCUGGUGGUGAUGGGUUCGGUGGCCGUGUCCAAAGAGGGCUACCGUAUCGGCAAGGGACGCGGCUACGGCGACCUCGAGUUCGGGCUCAUCAUGCACAUGAAGGCAGUCAAGCCCAACACUAUUGUCGUCACCACCGUGCACGAUUGUCAGGUGUUCGACACCUUACCAGCCGAGCUGUUUGGCCCUCACGACGUUCCCAUUGACGUCAUCGUCACACCAACUCAGGUGAUAGAGACACAGAGGAUGAGCCAGCGGCCGCCGGGCAUCAUCUGGCACCUUCUGUCCAACCGCCGCGUCGAGCUCAUGCCCGUGCUCGGGCAGUUGCGAGAGAUUGAAAUGCUAGCGGGUCGCGCGUGCACGCUGGCGGAGGUGGACACGGAUGUGGAGGAGCGCGCGGCGCAGCGCGUGCGCAAGGUGCGGCGCCGCACCCGGUCGCACAAGAGCCAGAGCGAGGGAGAGGGCAACACGACGGAGGGCGAGGAGGGUAAAGGCGCCAAGCCGCGCCGCGGGCCGCGCCGCAACAGCGGCAAGAGCAAGGGCGCCGACAAGGACGACCACAAGCCGCGCCGCACGCGCAAGCAGAGACCCGUCAUCGACUUCUCCGUCAAGAUUUCGAACAUUAGCCCGAACACGCGGGUGCGCGAUUUGAAGCAAGCUCUUUCCGAGCGCGGGGUCAAGCCUCAAAUCAUGGUGUGGAAGGGUUUCCGUGGAUACUGCUACCUACACUUUUUCAAGCCUGGACCACAAAAGGGCGAGGGCGACAGCGCGGCCACAGUGAACAUGGACAGCGUGAUCUCUGCACUGGCGGAGAUGUCUGUGGGCGGCAGCGGCGGCGAGUCCCCCAACCGCGACGACAAGCCGCGCCUGCUCGCCGUGGAGCCCGCGCCGCCGCGCGAGCCCCGCGCGCCCAGAGACCCGGCGCCGCAGGACGCGCCCGCCGCGCCCGCCGCCACAGCCGCGCCACAGCCGGCGGCAGCGGCUGAACCGCGCCUGCUCGCCGUGGAGCCCGCGCCGCCGCGCGAGCCCCGCGCGCCCAGAGACCCGGCGCCGCAGGACGCGCCCGCCGCGCCCGCCGCCACAGCCGCGCCACAGCCGGCGGCAGCGGCUGAACCGCGCCUGCUCGCCGUGGAGCCCGCGCCGCCGCGCGAGCCCCGCGCGCCCAGAGACCCGGCGCCGCAGGACGCGCCCGCCGCGCCCGCCGCCACAGCCGCGCCACAGCCGGCGGCAGCGGCUGAACCGCGCCUGCUCGCCGUGGAGCCCGCGCCGCCGCGCGAGCCCCGCGCGCCCAGAGACCCGGCGCCGCAGGACGCGCCCGCCGCGCCCGCCGCCACAGCCGCGCCACAGCCGGCGGCAGCGGCUGAACCGCGCCUGCUCGCCGUGGAGCCCGCGCCGCCGCGCGAGCCCCGCGCGCCCAGAGACCCGGCGCCGCAGGACGCGCCCGCCGCGCCCGCCGCCACAGCCGCGCCACAGCCGGCGGCAGCGGCUGAACCGCGCCUGCUCGCCGUGGAGCCCGCGCCGCCGCGCGAGCCCCGCGCGCCCAGAGACCCGGCGCCGCAGGACGCGCCCGCCGCGCCCGCCGCCACAGCCGCGCCACAGCCGGCGGCAGCGGCUGAACCGCGCCUGCUCGCCGUGGAGCCCGCGCCGCCGCGCGAGCCCCGCGCGCCCAGAGACCCGGCGCCGCAGGACGCGCCCGCCGCGCCCGCCGCCACAGCCGCGCCACAGCCGGCGGCAGCGGCUGAAGUCCACUGA